GCUUGCAAAUCUCUCUGAGAACAUCGUCCUGGAUCGCCUCGUCCUGGAUCGCCGAUGCGGCUGCCCGAGCAACCUGGAGAGGGGAAGCCUGAGAAUGAGGAAAAGGGGGACCGAGGAGCCCCCCAAGGGGGUGAGGAGACACCACGGAGCCAGGCCCCUGCCUUCCCCACUUGGCAAAAGAUGCCGUUCCACCAUGUGACUGCUGGCCUGUUGUACAAGGGGAAUUACCUCAACCGAUCUCUGUCCGCCGGCAGCGACAGCGAACAGCUUGCUAACAUCUCCGUGGAGGAGCUCGACGAAAUCCGUGAGGCCUUUCGGGUUCUGGACCGAGAUGGGAAUGGCUUCAUCUCCAAGCAGGAGCUGGGCAUGGCCAUGCGCUCGCUGGGGUACAUGCCGAGUGAGGUGGAGCUGGCCAUCAUCAUGCAGCGCCUGGACAUGGACGGGGAUGGCCAGGUGGAUUUCGAUGAGUUCAUGACCAUUCUUGGCCCCAAGCUGGUGUCUUCAGAAGGUCGCGAUGGUUUUCUUGGGAACACAAUUGACAGCAUAUUCUGGCAAUUCGACAUGCAGAGGAUAACUCUGGAAGAGUUGAAGCACAUUCUCUAUCACGCCUUCCGGGACCACUUAACAAUGAAGGAUAUUGAGAACAUCAUCAUCAACGAGGAGGAGAGCCUGAAUGAGACCUCGGGGAACUGCCAAACAGAGUUUGAAGGAGUGCAUUCCCAGAAGCAGAACCGGCAGACCUGCGUCCGGAAGAGCCUCAUAUGCGCCUUCGCCAUGGCCUUCAUCAUAAGCGUCAUGCUGAUUGCGGCCAAUCAGAUCCUUCGGAGCGGCAUGGAGUAGCAGCCUUCCGCCACACUGUGUUCCCAGCUCACCGCGCAUGUGCAUGGCCUGCGGCCAAACUUUGUUCCUCCACAAAAGCAGACGUGGACGAUGCAGACGGUGAUGAAGGGCCAUUUCUGGACAGAACCCCAGGUUGCAGUGUGACUGGUCUUGCAAAUCAACUUCAUCUCCUUGGCAGGGACACAAAAGGGCUGUCUUCAAUGCUUUAAUGGUUUUGUUUCCUAAUGCAAUAAAUACCCAGGAGUUCC